AACGCAAAUAACAUCAUGGGAAAACACUUUGGUGAGCUUGCGAAAAUAAGGGGAAUAAUAUCAUACAAAUUAUCUCCACAUGAACAACGAGCAUAUGCGGGAGCCAUUUCAAAUGGUAUUCCAAAUAUUUUUAGAAGAUUCCGUGAAAGCUUCUUCAGAGUUGCUCCUCCAUUCAUAAUUGCAUACCUGGUGUAUGAGGGUGUAGAAAGAGAACAUCACAGACUUUCCCGUAAGAACCCAGCUGAUUUCGAAAAUGAUGUUUAAGUUUUAAAUAUUACUGUUAGUCAUUUUAUUAUUUUGAUUGUAGUAUAAUGUUAAUAAAUUAUAAUUUCAACUGAA